UAUAAGAUAUAGAACGAUUAAUUGUUUCUUUAAUUUCGUAUAAAUGCGUUAAUGAUUCUCUCUCUCUCUCUCUCUCUCUCUCUGUUACUUUAACCAGCUUUAACCUAAUAUUCAAUUUUUGACGUUUCAUUAAAUUGCCGUCAUUAACCCGUAUGACCAAAACAAUGGCGGGUUCUGCACUGAGACGAUUGAUGGCAGAGUACAAACAGUUAACCUUAAAUCCACCUGAAGGCAUUAUCGCUGGUCCAAUAAAUGAAGAAAAUUUUUUCGAAUGGGAAGCCUUAAUCACUGGACCAGAAGGAACAUGCUUUGAAGGUGGUGUUUUUCCAGCAAAACUUAUAUUUCCCCCAGAUUACCCACUAAGUCCGCCAAAGAUGCAAUUCACUUGUGAAAUGUUCCAUCCAAAUAUAUAUGCGGAUGGUAGAGUAUGUAUAAGUAUAUUACAUGCACCCGGUGACGAUCCUAUGGGCUAUGAAAGCAGCGCAGAAAGGUGGAGUCCGGUUCAAAGCGUAGAAAAGAUAUUGUUAAGUGUGGUAAGUAUGUUAGCGGAGCCAAAUGAUGAAAGUGGAGCAAAUGUUGAUGCAGCUAAAAUGUGGAGAGAAGAUCGCGCAGAAUUUGAAAAAAUCGCCCAAAAGCUAGUUAGAAAAACACUUGGUAUUCCACCUUAAAUUAAGAUGUUCAAUACUUUAUUGGAAACAAAAAUGUAAUUAAAACAUCAUACGAUUCAGUGUAAAAUACAUAUUAUGUUUGAAUUAAAAUUUUAUUGGAAUGUGA